UGAAUCUAAUCCAAAUGGAGAUGAUGAUAAAAUUUAUGUGUUCUUCACUGAAACAGCUAUUGAGUUUGAAUUCUAUGACAAGCUUCUGGUGUCCAGAAUUGCCCGUAUCUGCAGAGUUAGUAUUUGUAGUAUAAAGAUUUUGUUUAGUGUAUUUCAGAUGAAGUUUCAUAGUCGAGUGAUUAACAAUGGUAUCUACACUGGCUAACCAAACAAAAUUCUGUCACAGAUGUUUUAUUUCUGAGCUAGCUCCCUCUUUUUCCUGCUAGAACAGAACUAGCUGUUCAGGUUGCAUUUGACAUUUAAACCUUUUUUCUUUGCCUUUGAACUGAGAUUUUUAUUGAAAGGGCAACUAUAUUUUUCCCCAAAACAAUGCUAUUAGGUGAAAAUUACAUCUAUUUCUUUAUGCAUUCUGGUGUUAUUCCUUCAUUUAGGGUGAUCUUGGUGGAAAACGCAUACUGCAGAGAAGAUGGACAUCAUUUUUAAAAUCCCGCCUUUCCUGUUCCAUUCCAGAAUUAAACUUCCAUUUCAAUAUUGUCCAGGACAUCUUUUUACUUAGGAGAAGGAAGUGGCAGGACAGCAUAUUUUAUGGAAUUUUUUCCCAACAAUGGGGAAGAUUAGACAUAUCAGCUGUUUGUGCAUACAGUAUGAAAAAUAUUCAGGAAGUCUUCUCCAAAGGAAGCUACAAAGGACCAGUAACUGUAGAACAUUCCCCUGUUAAGUGGAUGGUAUAUAGGGGAGAAGUGCCAGUUCCACGUCCUGGUGCUUGCAUUGAUAAUUUUGCCCGGAGUAUUGGGUAUAAUACUUCUUCUGACUUGCCUGACAAAGUUUUGCAGUUUGUUAGAGAUCACCCUCUAAUGGAUAAUUCUGUAAAUCCAAUCGGUAAUAGACCGGUGCUACUGAAGAGAGGUUCAAACUAUACCAGGAUUGUAGUAGACAGAGUCACUGGCCUAGAUAAACAAACAUACGAUGUUAUGUUUCUAGGAACAGAUGAUGGAUAUUUGCAUAAAGCUUUCAAUUGUGAUGGGGAAAUGUUCAUUGUGGAAGAGCUACAGCUGUUUCUGUCUCCGGAGCCUGUACAAUCUCUCCAGCUGUCUUCUGAAAAGGGAAUGCUCUAUGUAGGGUCCCUAUCUCAAGUGGUGCAGCUUCCAGUUUCUGAGUGCCACCAAUACAAGUACUGCUUGGAUUGCGUCCUGGCAAGGGAUCCUUACUGCGCAUGGUCUCAAUCUGCUAAUGAAUGUGUUUUACUGGCAAAUCAAACUGGUCAUACAGAGAACUUAAUUCAAAGUGUGAAAUACGGGGAUGCUUCCAGCUGCCUUAGUGUAGAAAAUAGUGUGAGAAAAUGUCUCUUUACCCUUGGAAACAAUGUUCAUCUUAAAUGUGUUCCUCUGUCGAAUCUGGCAAGCAUAGUGUGGAAGUUUAAUGGGAGCAGACUUCAGGCCAAGGACUCUAAAUAUCUCCUCUAUGAUGGAGGAAUAGCAAUAUUUAAUGUGACAAUGGAUGCGGCUGGAUCCUAUGAUUGUCUCUCGGUGGAGAAAUCCAAAGGGAAGGAAUUCAUUAUCACUGUGGCCCGCUAUGCCCUUUAUGCCCAAGAAAAGACAGAGGAAGCAAAUGUUAUUGCCACAGCAAAUAAGCAUAAUGAAGCAGAAGCUGAGGAUUUUCAGUCUUCAGUACCGCCUUCUUUACUGAACGAGGUAGCAAAACAGAAAUCUGCAGACAGCCAAAGAGAGAAGCUUGUUUUAAAACUCUUGGGGGCUGGGUUUGCUUUCCUUUUCUUUUUCUUGUUCAUUUGGAACUUCUACAAGGGUCAUUUAUCUCUGCCUUGGAAGAGCAGAGAAACCAGCUCAAAAACCACUGGUACAGCUAGCUUGGGAAGUCCAGCACCAGCUACAGAGGGAUCAGGCAGUGUAAGGAAGAGUUCAGCCACACAAACGGACAUGUUUGAACAUUAAUGAAUCAAUGCUUAUGAGCUUUUGUUAAGGAGUGCAGUGUCAGUGCACUGCACAGUGCAAGUUUCACAGAGAGCUCUGGGAGCUUGCAGCACAGAGAGCUGUUUGGUUAAGAUGACAUGAUGUUUCCUGUUAAGGAAUGUGGAAUGUAAAUUUGGGUAGGAGUCAGAAACUCUGAAUUGAAGUUGACAAGCUGCGUUGUGUAUUACAUAGAUGUGUUACCAGUUACUACUUUUAAAAGCAAAAUUCCUCGUUUGGGUACCUUUUUGACAUGAUAGAACCAUAAGAAUAAAUUUCUUUCAAAAAUUGACACUGAUCCACUUUUUUGUAAUGUUGGGCUUGCCCAAUUACAGAAAUUAAUACUUCAGAAGCUAAUAAUACUUAGCGUUCAGUGCUUUCACCUUCAGACUUUCUGUUUAAUCUACAAAUAGCAACUAAUUAAGUCUCCCAGUGCCCAAGAGGUUGCCUCUAUCCUCAUUUUACAUGGGAGGUUAAAUUACUUGUCACUGACCAUAGUGAGUAUUGGUGUCAGAUCUGGUGCUUUGUUAGAAGUUCCCGAGUCAUCUUCCUAUAUUUUAUCUUUCUCUGUUUUCCUCUCCUUUCCCUUUAUUUAGG